UUUUAGUGUUUAUUGCUGUUAAUAUUAAAAAUAAUGCUCGCAAUUCAACCCGGAACGGCGACUGCUGGAAUUCCCGACAAACUGUGGCAACCACACUUUGUCACAUUUGAAACAACGAUGGGAGAAAUUUCAAUUGAACUGUACUGGAAGCACGCGCCCAACACCUGCCGGAACUUUGCUGAACUGACGCGACGGGGUUACUACAAUGGAACCAUCUUUCACCGUGUCAUACGGGACUUUAUGAUCCAGGGCGGCGACCCAACGGGAACCGGACGCGGCGGACAAUCGAUCUACGGGCCCACGUUUGCCGAUGAGAUCAAUGCCGAUCUGAAGCACACCGGGGCCGGAGUGAUUUCGAUGGCGAAUUCUGGUCCGGAUACGAAUGGGUCGCAAUUUUUCAUUACCUUGGCACCGACGCAAUGGCUCGACGGAAAGCACACUAUUUUCGGUCGGAUUCACACGGGAAUGCAAGCGGUCAAGCGGAUGGGGCAGGUCGAAACCGACAAGAACGAUCGACCAUCGGAGCAGGUGAAGAUCGUCAAGGGGAAGGUGGAAAAGUAUUGAACGGAAUAAA